UGUGUGUGUGUGUGUGUGUGUGUGCGCGUGUGUGUGUGAUGUGUGCUGGUGAGAGCGUUUGGGUGCGGCUACAGGCCUCUUGGGGGUGGUGGGGGGGCGGGGUUGUGCGUUACAGGACACUCUGCCUUUGAGGCAGCGUGUGUGAGAGCGAGCGUCUGUGUGUGAGUGUGUGUGUCUAUGUGUGUGUGUGUGUAAGUGAGUGUGUGUUCAUCACAGCACUGUGUGAGCAGCGUGUCCGGCAUGAGCAGGCCCGGGUUCCUGACGAAGGCCAAUCUUCGGAGGCUGCUGAUGUCUGACGAUGUGUGGAGCUUCGGGAGGAAGAGGCACCACCCUGCCGAAUUUGCCCCAGACGAGGAUGCCGCCGUGGUGCCCGCGCUGGAGUCAGAUGGGCAGAACGGGCAGGACUCAUCGCCCAGAUGCCCCCGCCAAAGCCAGGCCCCGCACCAGGGCAGAGGUGAGAGGCAGGAACACUGUGGAGAGGAGAGACCAGGAGAUCGCUAUGGAGACGAGAGACCAGGAGAUCGCUAUGGAGACGAGAGACCAGGAGAUCACUAUGGAGACGAGAGACCAGGACAUCGCUAUGGAGACGAGACACCAGGAGAUCGCUAUGGAGACGAGACACCAGGAGAUCACUAUAGAGACGAGAGACCAGGAGAUCACUAUGGAGACGAGAGACCAGGAUAUCACUAUGGAGACGAGAGACCAGGAGAUCACUAUGGAGACGAGAGACCAGGAGAUCACUAUGGAGACGAGAGACCAGGAGAGGAGAGGCCAGGAGAUCAGUGUGGCGCUAACAACACAAGCGAUCCAACCAACCAGGCUCAUGCCCUGACUGUUGAGCCAGCAGUGAAAAGCCUGCCCCCGGAGGAUGACACGCGUCAUUACAGAGGGGACGUGUCACAGUCCUCCGACAGAGCAGCAGUCCAUGAGUCCAGGGCGAGACCUACGGUGUCCGACAGAUCACCAGUCCAUGAGUCCCGGGCGAGACCUACGGUGUCCGACAGAGCAGCAGUCCAUGAGUCCAGGGCGAGACCUACGGUGUCCGACAGAGCAGCAGUCCACGAGUCCAGGGCGAGACCUACGGUGUCCGACAGAUCACCAGUCCAUGAGUCCAGGGCGAGACCUACGGUGUCCGACAGGCCCCAUCCAGUACCACAUCUCCCGUCAGGCGGCACAGGGAGGGAGACUUCACUUUCCCACCGCUCCGACUCUAAGACGAGGCCUGGGCAUCAAAUCACUGAAAGGACUACUCGGGACACAUCCACAAUCACUUUUAACGUUCUGAGCGACGACGCAAACACAGACUUCGCCGACGCAGGGUCAGACACGGCAAGUCUCAACGUGUGGAACAAUCGGAGAUCGCAGAGCGUGUUAAACGUCGUCGCAGCGUCGCUAAACAACAACCACGACGACCGGCUGAACAUCAGCAACCAUGACGACCGGCUGAACAUCAGCACCACGGACAAGGAACAGAACGGAGAGACGCGUCCUCCUCCUCCUUCCGCCUCUACUGCUGAGGGGGGCGUCUCCUCAGGACAUUACACAGGGACACCCCUCCCAGGGACAGUAACGCUGGGGACUGUCAUAGUUAAAGCCGACAGCAUUGACUCGGGUUCAGAGUUGCAGAAACAGGCCUGUGACAGCAGCCCUUCGGGGGCAGACAACAUGUCGUAUCUGUCCCUCAGCACUGAGAGCCUGGGCUCCUCGGAAGAAGAUAACAGCCAUGGGGACCAGAUGGAGCCCCCCGUGCCGGGCGACAGACACGCCAGUCAGGAGCCGAGCCGUGAGCCGAGCUGUGAGCCGUAUCGCGAGCAGAUGAGUUUCAGGGACUGGGAGGAGAGGUUGGCGCUGCCCGACUACGAGAGAGAGACGCUGCUGAGGUUGGCGCUGCCAGACUACGAGAGAGAGACGCUGCUGUCGGAGAUCCUCUCCCCAGUGGAUGAGGUGCUGUCCUACGGCAGCUCAGAGCUUCCUCCUUCCGCUAGAGGACCAGCCGUGUCCGAAUGGGGCAGCCUCAGCCUCAGCCUCAGCCUUCCGCCCGCGCCCCCCGCCUAUGAGAUCAUCACCUGGACCAGCGAGGAGGAUCUCCCGCCGCCCCCCGAGGAACUGGACCAGGGGCCCGGAGAGGACCCGUCCAUCGCCAGCGAACAUGUACCCCCACUGCCGCCCGACUCGCCCCUACCUGCGCCUGCGCCCGCUCCUCCUCCUGUCCUGCCGGAAGACUCCGUCCCGGCUGACUCCUCCUUCUUUUGCCGUCGUGUGGAGAUACCCGAUGAAGACGACGGUGAUGAUGGUGAUGAUGAAGAUCUCAGUGAAAGUGUUCCACUCCAGAACCUCUGCAGUGAGAGUGAGGACAUAGACCAGUCAGAGAACACGACCUCACUUCCUGUGGAUGAAGGAAAUGACAAAUCAGACCGUUUGUCCUCUUUCCACGUCGGAGACAGGGUUCUGGUGUGCCGCUCCAGGCCCGGCGUUCUGAAAUACAAAGGCCCCACAGCAUUCGCCAGCGGAACUUGGGCCGGGGUGGCGCUGGACAGUCCCAACGGAAACCAUGACGGAACGUUCCGAGGGGUGAAGUACUUCAGCUGCGAACGGAACCGAGGCGUUCUGGUGCGAGCGGAGGAACUCUCCCUCCCGUCCGGAGAACCGGGCAGCGAUCCAGACACGGGGCUGGACGAGGACCCGUUCUCCGAUGAGGAUCCGCCGCCGCGCGGGUCAGAACCGCAGAGAGCGGAGCAGUCGUUCACGAGGAGAACCGCAGAGCAGGACGGAGGCAGAACCCAGAACUCCUCUAAUGCUAACACCUCAGCUCCUAGGAGGACUUGCAGAGACGUCAAACACAACCUGCAGGCCAGUGAGGGGUCUCCCCAGGCCAGAUGUUCCACAGUCAGAAAAGGAAUUUCACUAGUAAGCCAACUCUACCUCUGUUAA